UUCACUCGAUUCAAUUUGAUUUGGUGUAAUCCGAUACGAACCAAACGAAACCAUUGCACUCUCCGAGCCGGUACCCACUUCCCUCCCUCCACCUCAACAUUAACGUUUGCAAAAGGGUAGAAAGUAAAAAGGGCAGGGAGUGGAGAAAGAAGAAGAUCCGCACUCACAGAAAAAUGGAGUUUGCUUUAAUUGGACCGUUGGAGGAGAAGGGAGGGCAAAACAAAAAAGAAAUCAAAAUAAAAGAAUUCCUCCCUGCCGCCGAACUUACAAAAAUCGCCAAAACCACAGCUACGAGACAGCAGAGACAGAGUCCGCCUCCUCCUCCAAUUCAUCGUUUAAUCGAUCAUUCUCACAUCCAGCAUUCAUUCCAUCGAAAACCCAUCAAGGAAACGAAACGAAAUCGGAGAAGAAAGAAGAAUCAUGGCUGCAUCCAUCAGCAGCGGCGCUCUUCAACACCAGAACCCAACUUUCCAAUCCACCGCCGUCUUCAACAUCCUCGACCCAAUCUCCCUCAUUCUCUCCCAAAAUUCCUCCGAUUCCUUCGAGCCCAUCCCUCUCAAGCUCACCACCGAGACCUACUUCAUGGAGCGGGGGCCUCGCUACACUGCCUACGCCCACCUCAGGGAAUCCAAACUCCGUACCAAGAUCCCCUCCACCACCACCACCGCCGCCAUGGCGACGGCGUUUUCCCGAUUUCCGGUGUCGGAGACCGAGUCCUGGAGGCAGACAACUCCGCCGCCGAAGAAACAGGUCAAAUUCAAACACCAACCGCUCAAUCUCCCUGCCCCUGUUUCGAGAAGGGCUUCUGGGUACGGCGCGACGUCUAUGCUGGCUCAGUCGGUGCCGGAUUUCUCGGCGACGCUGAGGAAGGAGAAUAGGAAGCCCAAGCCGGCGCCGGUGAUGGUGGGGCACCUGACUCCUCCGCCGUGCAAGAGCGGGUCGAAGAUGCAGGGCGUGUUGUCUUCAAGAGGGAGUAAGUCGGUUGGGUCGGGGGAGAGGAGGAGGGGAAUUGGGAACGGCGGCGGCGGCGGAUUGAUGGCGAGGAAGAGCUACGCGAAUUUGGAGGAAUUGAAGGGAUUGUCAGCGGCGACGUCGAAUGCGAUCAUGAAUGGCGAAAACAGAGUGGGAGGGUUCACCAGCAGCGGCAGGGGAAAUGGUGGUGGGAGAGGAAUAGGGAAUGGGAAGGCCGUACUUGGGUACAGACACUAAGAUUCGUUCGAUUUUUUGUUCCUUUCACGAUUCUUAACUGCCACCGUUGUGAUUUCUUUUCUUCUUCUUCUUCUUCUGUUUCCGGUUCUUUCACGUUGUGGGUUUUCGGUGUGGUGUUCUUUGUUCAUUACUCUGUUUCGUUGCUGUAGCAGAGGGAGUUUGGUUUUGCUGGAUUGCAACUGCGAAACCUUGUAUUAACACUUGAAGAAUUUCAGUUCCCUGUAAUCAAUCAAAUACCCUUUCAUGAUUCUAUACAUGUAAACGCCCGAUUAUGAACUUGCUGAGUAUUUUACAUCGUCAUUAACUAAAAGAUCAUUUCCAGU